CAUUUUCUCCUGCGGAGUGUUAUCGUACGUAAUAUUAUUAUUCACGAAUUACCACAAAUUGACCAUGUUAAAAACUAUAAACGUGUUACUCAGCACUCGGGCAAGUUUAUCUACUGUUCCGAGGCUAGCAGCGAGCACAGCUCGGAAGCCAAUAAUCACAUGCAAGCGAACCGAGCACAAUCUGUUUGUGGAGGACGGUCAACUUGCCGGUGGAGGUAAGAAAUUCGGUGAUGUACCUCUAGCAUCCGAUGGUUGGCGACACCGGAAAUCUGUAGGCGAUUAUUUCAUCAUUCAUCCGAUUCAGCAGCCAUUCGAGACGCACGCCUUGAGUGAUGUAUCAUUCCAGAAUCUCGGCAUCCGUGCUGAGUUGGUGGAGAACUUACGAGAGCGUGGUGCCCUUUAUCCAACCAUGUAUCAGGCAGAUGGUAUUCCAGCGGUUUUGAACGGAGGUCAUGCACUGUUAGCGGCGGAGACUGGUUGUGGUAAGACUUACACAUAUUUAGUGCCUAUAAUAGAGCAAAUUUUAAGGAGGAAGCUUGAUGGAGGCGAGAGAGAAUUCAACACACCUUUAGUGCUGGUGCUCACCCCGGGAAGAGAGCUGGCACAGCAGAUUGGACGAGUCGUUGAAGGGCUGACUCGGGGAUUGAACAUAAAGUCACGCGUACUGUUGGGAGGUCGUACCAGACAGCAAAUGACGAAUCCUCAUUUCGAGGAUAUCGACAUUCUGGUGUCCAGCUUUGGGGCGAUCAGUAAGCUUAUAUCGAGUGGGAUCUACAGAACAGAUGCUGUGCGUUGGGUGGUUUUGGACGAGGCAGACACACUUCUAGAUGAUAGUUUCAACGCAAAGCUUUUGCAUUUGAUGAAACGAUUUCCGUUUCAUAAAAACCAUCUACAGGACAUCGGCGACAACAUUCAAGGGACGCAGCUGAUUCUAGCUGCUGCGACGAUGCCCUCCAACAUGGACGAGCUGUUGGGCCGGAUAGUGAAUGUUGAAACGAUCGAAGAAGUGGUUAGUCCAAAUUUGCACCGACUGUUGUCGCACGUUACGCAGCGAUUCAUGCGGAUCAAGAAAUCUAAUCGACCACAAGUCCUGUUGGAUCUGGUGAAGAAGGAUGUAAAGCGGAAUCGCCCAUUGAUCAUAUUCAGCAACAAAACACCUGCCUGUGAUUUUGUGUCGAUACAUCUGAAUGAAGCAGGCAUUCCCUGUGUGAAUUUAAACGGUGACAUGCUGCUCAAAAUUCGGCUAGGACAGUUUGAAAAGUUCCAACUAGGGGAAGUGAAUGUCCUGUCGACGACCGACGUCGCUAGUCGGGGAUUGGAUACGACCCGGGCAGGCCACGUGAUCAAUUUUGAUUUUCCGUUGUAUGCUGCAGAUUACAUUCAUCGCAUUGGCCGGAUAGGGCGAGUUGGAAGCAGAAACGAUUGUCUGGUAACGAAUAUCGUAUCCAAUCAAGCGGAAAUCGGUGCAGUUCAACGAGUGGAGUAUUCUGCCAGGACAAACAAUCCCCUCGCCAACGUGGAUGCCAACGUGAAAGGCAUUAUCCGACGGAGGAUUCAGCGAACUUUGGACCAAAGUGUGUAA